AUGAAUCAGCGGAAUCGUGUACUGAGAGCAGCUCUAUGGAUUCUGUUCACAGUUGUCAUUCCAACAAAGACACAAAAUGUAAAUCCAAUUGUCUCGCUCGUAAAGUUUCUCGAAGAUGGUUCUCACGAGCUCGACAAAGAACCACCAGACCAAACGAUCAUGCUUUCAGAAUACGACUUUAUUGUUAUCGGUGCUGGAACAGCGGGUUGUGUUCUUGCCAAUCGCCUCACUGAAAUACCAGAUUGGAAAGUUUUACUUUUAGAAGCAGGCAAUAACGAAAACUUCGUAAUGGACAUACCUUUACUGGCAAACUAUCUUCAGUUCACAUCUGCAAACUGGGGCUAUAAGACCAAACCUUCUGAUAGAUACUGCGCGGGAUUUGAAAAUCAACAGUGCCAUUGGCCACGAGGAAAGGUCGUUGGAGGAUCUAGUGUAUUAAAUUAUAUGAUUUAUACAAGGGGUGCGCCUCAAGACUACGAUAACUGGCAAGGGAUGGGAAACGAAGGCUGGGGAUGGGAUGAAGUCCUGCCAUAUUUUAAGAAAAUUGAAAGUUUUAACAUAAAAUCUUUCGAUAAUCCAGACUAUCACGGAUAUGACGGCUAUUUGAACGUGGAACACGCACCCUUUCGAACUACAAAGGCUAAAGCAUGGGUUAAAGGAGCUAAAGAGUUAGGAUUUAAAUAUGGAGACUAUAACGGCGCAACUCCGUCAGCAGUUUCGUUUCUGCAGUUGUCUAUGAAGAAUGGUACACGACAUAGUUCAAACAGAGCUUACUUACAUCCCAUUAACAAGAGAAAUAAUCUUUAUGUAUCUAAAUCCAGUAUGGUGACGAAACUUCUCUUUGAUCCGACAAAUACGAAAGUUAUAGGGAUAGAAUUUGAAAAAAGGGGAAAGAAAUAUAAAGUUUUAGCUAAAAAGGAAGUUAUAGUCGCUGGCGGCACUAUUAAUUCACCACAACUUUUGAUGUUAUCUGGUAUAGGACCAAAAGACCAUUUAGAAUCCCUUAAAAUUCCUGUUGUUAAAGAUUUACCUGUUGGAUACAAUUUAAUGGACCAUAUAGCUGCCGGUGGCAUACAGUUCAUGGUAAAACAGCAAAAUGUCACUUUAACUACGGAUUACAUCUUGAAUCAUUUAGAAUUAGUAUUCAAGUGGAUGAGAACACAUAGAGGACCACUAUCAAUACCCGGUGGGUGUGAAGCACUCGUAUUCAUGGAUCUAAAAGACAAAUUUAACGGGACCGCUUGGCCAGAUAUGGAACUUCUUUUUAUCGGUGGCGGAUUAAAUUCUGAUCCGUUAUUACCACGAAAUUUUAAUUUCGACGAGGAAAUUUUCCUAGACACAUAUAAAGAUUUGGGAAGAAAUGACUUGUUCAUGGUAUUCCCCAUGUUAAUGCGCCCGAAAUCAAGAGGUAGAGUUAUGUUGCAAAAUCGAAACCCCAAAGUACAACCAACCUUGAUACCAAAUUACUUUGACCACCCUGAGGACUUAGAAAAAAUCGUGGAAGGAAUCAAGGUUGCAAUAGAAAUUUCAAGACAGUCAUCUAUGAGAAAACUUGAGACAAAAAUGUACGACGUGCCAAUAGAGGAAUGUCUACAAUACGGGCCAUUUGGAAGCGAUGCUUAUUUUGCGUGCCAAGCUCAGAUGUUUACAUUUACCAUAUACCAUCAAAGUGGUACUUGUAAAAUGGGAGCCAAGAGCGACCCUUCUUCCGUUGUUGAUAAUAGACUACGAGUCCACGGUAUCUCUGGAUUACGGGUUAUAGACGCUAGUGUAAUGCCAGAAAUAGUAUCAAGUCAUACAAAUGCUCCUGUAUUUAUGAUUGCAGAAAAAGGAUCAGAUAUGAUUAAACAGGAUUGGGGCCAAAAAACUUAA